UUUCUGCAAUCUCACUCUAAAAAAACACUUUCGUCACCAUCUCUCUCUCUCUCUAUCCACUGUUGUUUCUCUCGAUUGAGUUUGAAGUUCGCUAGCUUUCCGAUUUCAACACGCCGACGAUGGGGUCGGUCUCCGAUCCAGGCGAGCUGACCGAGUUAGCUCAGCCGAGUUUCGAGGAGUUUAAGAAGCAGACGUCGCUGAUGACGAGCUGCACGCUUCUGUGGAAAGAGCUCUCCGAUCACUUCACGACGCUGGAGGAGAACCUGAUGAAGAAAUCGGAGGCGUUGAAGGAGAUGAUCGGAGCCCUAGAUAGCCAGACGCAGACCUCCCUCGAGUCGCUGAAGCGCAGGGAGGCUACGAUUGAGCGGAGCGUAGAGAUCGUCGCUGGGAAAGUCGGGGAGAGAGCUAGAGCUGCUCUGGAGUCGCUUGAGAAAGCUAGAGACGGAGGAGAUAACGGCGGCGGGGAGGUUGACGACGAGGAAGGGCUUCUCUCUGCUUUGAAGUCUCUCUGUUUGAAGAUGGACGCGAGGGGGUUCUGGAGUUUCGUGACGGCGAGGAAGAAGGAGCUUGAGGGGCUCCGGUCUCAGAUUCCGGCUGCGUUGGUUGAUUGUGUGGAUCCGGCGAUGUUGGUGCUUGAGGCGAUAUCUGAGGUUUUCCCGGUGGAUAAGAGAGGCUCGGGAGAGAAGAUGACUAACGAUUUCGGAUGGGCUUGUGUGGUGAUUCUUGAGAGCUUAGCACCUGUGAUGGUGGAUCCAGUGAUUGGGAAGACGAGGCUGCUUGUUACUCCGAGCGUUAAGGAGAAAGCUAAGGAGAUUGCUGAGACGUGGAAGGCGAGCUUGGAGGAGAGAGGAAGGGUGGAGAAUGUCAAGACUCCUGAUGUCCAUACGUUUCUUCAGCAUCUUGUGACGUUUGGGAUUGUUAAAAGUGAAGAUCUCGGUCUCUACAGAAAGCUUGUCGUUGGAUCCGCUUGGCGCAAACAGAUGCCAAAGCUUGCUCUUUUAGUUGGUUUGGGUGAUCAAAUGCCUGACAUGAUUGAAGAGUUGAUCAGCAGAGGACAACAGCUUGAUGCAGUUCAUUUUACUUAUGAAGUUGGCCUUGUGGAUAUGUUCCCUCCCGUUCCUUUGCUCAAAGCCUAUCUGAGGGACGCAAAGAAGACAGUCGCGGAAGACUCCAGUAAUACUGGCCGAGCUUCGCAUCUCGUGGCGCGCAAGGAGCAAUCAGCUCUUAAGGCAGUCUUGAAAUGCAUAGAAGAGUACAAACUCGAGGAAGAGUUCCCUCCGGAGAACCUCAAGAAGCGGUUGGAACAGCUAGAGAAGACCAAAACCGAGAAGAGAAAACCAGCAGCUGUACCGGCAAACAAGAGAACCAGAGCCAGCUACAACGGUCCAAUGCCACCAGCGAAAGCCGGGCGUAUCACAAACGCGUACGUCUCUUCCUUCCCGUUCAUCAGAUCACCGUCUCACUCCCCUCAGUACGCUUCACCCGCAGCGGCGUACCCAUCACCACCUACUACUGUCUACAGCAACAGGAGCCCACCUUAUCCAUACUCCCCUGAGCUUAUCCCCGCCUCAUACCAAGCCUCACCUAUCGGUUACCCAGCUUACAACGGUUAUUGCAACGGUCCUGUCCCUGCUCCUGCUCCAGCUCCUCCGGUUUACCACCCGCACUACCCUCAGCAGCACCACCAACACGCCCACCAUCAGCAAGCUUACUACUGAAUUUAGAGUGUGUGUGAUGAUGACAAAUCAAGAAGGAAGAAUGGUAAUAACCAACAACCACUGAUACUGUGACAACUACUCUGUAUCUGCAUCUUUGUCUGUCUACGUUGUCGUUUUGUCUGUAAUAUUUUCGAAGCCUAACUCGUUUUAGUAAGUUAGCUAUCUUAUGUUGUGUGUGUUAAAAACAUCGUCUCUGUUUCUUCUCAUAAGCUUUUGUAAUGCCCUAAUAUUCUGUCAACUAUCUUUUAUCUU